GCCGCCGCUCGGGCGAGCGAGCGAGCGAGGGCUGAAGGGGCCGGGGGUCAUGGCUGCCCGCGGGGGUCGCCCGGCCGCGCCCGAGAAGCCCCGGGCGGGCACAGCCGAUGGAGCUGCUGAGGAAGCCAACCCUUUCUCCUUCAAGGAGUUUGUGCGGAGCCAGAGCCAGCGUGAUGCUGCAGUGGAUGUCAACAGUGGCAGUAGCAAUAAGGCCAGUUUCAACGAGUCUGCUAGGUUCUCCCUAAUGCUGGAUAAUAACUCAUCUCCUAAGUCAUUAGGAUUGAGCUUGGAAUGCCAGGAACCAUUUCCCCCAGACUCAGCAGUGACAAGUGCUUUGCUAGAAGAUGAAGAGGAUGGAUGGAUUGGCACAUACCAGCCAUCCGCUGUGGAAGAGGCUCACUUGGCCAGGGUUCCCAGUAUCUCAUUGAGCAGCACUGUUGAAUCCUUUUAUUGUGACUCCUCUAAUCUUCAGACUUUUUCACCAUGGCAGCUAGGAAGGAGUGACUGUUAUCAACAUGGCCUUCUUGGAAAGGGAGACCAAAGCUUCUCUCUUGAUGAAGACAGCGUAGAAGAUAGCUUUUAUCAACCUUUGCAGCCAAGCUAUGAAGAACUAAAACAAGACAAUUCAAAGUUGAAGAACAAAAUGAGCUAUCUUCAAGCACUUUGUGAAGCUCAGGCAAACAGGGUAAAAGAGCUGGAAAGAAUGCUAGAGAAUCACAAACUGAAAGAAGCCAAAGAGGCCCGAGACUUAGAAGCCAUGGUGCAACAGGUGGAAGAAAACCUCCAGCUGAUGACUAAACGGGCCAUGAAAGCAGAGAACAGUGUCAUAAAGCUGAAGCAAGAAAAUGCACGACUUCAGGUUCAAAUGAAGAACUGCAUGUUGGAAAACGAAGGCCUGAAGUCUCGCCAUUCUGCAGAUUUGGUUGUAAUGAGACAAAAUGCAGAUACUGCCUUGCAGAACCUUCUUGCUGUCAUAACAAAGUCCCACUCAUCUAUCAGCUCUCCAUCAAGCCUUGAAGGGAAUGUCUCCCAUGGAAGCGAGCUCGGAUUACACAGAUGGCUUCUCCGUCGUCCAAGUAUGGAGACAGGGCUAUUCCUUGAAGUCUGAGGAAGGCUACAAGGGUCACGAGAACCUUCAUAAACACUCUUGGAUUACUCAAAAGCAAGAAAGCAUCUAAGCAGUACUCACACCUUGACAGGAAUGGAAACUUGGAGAAAGUACACCUCUAAAUACCCCAUCAUUCCCCCCUCCCAACUAAACCACAGGUUUGUGCAGGAAAUGUUCUGGGAAUUUCUUCCAGGGUUUAUGCAUCAGCCUAGACAGGACAAAAGGCAUAAGAAGAAACUGUAACAUUUCAGACAGUGCAAGGUCGCUUCUGGGAGCUUCAAAGGAAAGAGAUAAGCCAGCUGUGUUCUCAGGAUGCUUAUGAAACGAAAGUGAUGGUUCAGGCAGUAAGGCAUGGUUAAGGCAUUUGCAAAAUGACAUUAAGGUACAGCAUUAGCAAUGGCUCAUUAGUAGCAUUGGCAUGGAUGGGGCUCAGACAUGACAAAACUCUAGAAAGGUGUCUGUGUACUUUGAUGAGAAGGGGCAAAACAAAAAAGACCCUAUAUAAAUAAUGUACUGAUAAGCAGAAUUGUUCAAAGAGCAGUUCUGUUUGACAGGCCUUACUAAUUGCUGAAAGCUAUCCAAGAGUAAAAGAUAAAUCUUUUGAGAUAGUAGGAUUUUUAGGCACCAAUAUGAUAGUCCGUUAUAUGGAUUCAAAGAGAACUCAUUCUUGGUUUCUGUGCAGAGGAACUACUUUUCAGAAUGAAAGGGGUGGGGGAUCUGUUCAUAUCAUCAGAGUUCUUGUGAGACCAAUGCAAAAUUUUGCUUAUUGAGAGAGUACU